AUGAAGCUUGCGGCCGACAUCCCAACGGCAGCUCCUCACGCCAAUGUCAUCUUUGUCAAUUGCAUUCCCAACAACUUGACUGCAGGGGACUUCAUCGAGAUCAAUAACACCGUGUACCAAAUAGAGUCGUUGGAAAUCAUACUUGAGAUUGUCACUAGUCGCCGCUUGCUUGAGACUGUCGUCGUUGCUGGUAUCCCGGAUGGCUCGGUUGCGAUUAAGCUCACGGCGGACGUGACCGAACCCGCGGGACAGGGGGUGGCCGUGACCACCGUGACAGCGCCUCCGCAUCUUCACUUUGCGCACGGCGGCCGCGCAGACUUCCGCGGCGAGGACGGCCGCUACUACAGCUUUUUCUCCGCACCCAAUCUUGCUGUCAACGUCAAGACGGAGGACGCCGUGUUCGAAAUGCACAGGAAGCUCGGGCACACCCUGACCGUGCACGGAAGCUUCAUCACCGAGGUGGAGGAUUGUCAACGGAUCGUGCGGCAACGCUUCGACGAGUCCCCGCUUCAAGCUGGGCCCGGGCGGCCGUCGGAAAUGCGAUUGGACGUCUCAUUUCACGCGAAGGACAACGCGGCCUCGCGGUCCCUCCCGCAUGGCCUUGUCGGCCAGUCGUUCUCCUCGACAGCUUCCCGCUGGGGCAACGUCGACGAGUACCCAGCUGAGGGCCACUUCACCACCGCUGCUAUGGCUGAGGGUGCAAUCGAGGGCGAGGCCGCCAUGUACGAGGUGGCCGCUGCAGACGCCACGUCGUUUGCCUUCUCGCGCUUCGAUGCGCAAGAGAUCACUGGCCCGGUUGACUUGCGACUUGCCAGCGCCGUUGACGCCACGUCCACGGAUGAGGCGUUUACCAGCACAUAG